AUGAAAGUCGAUCCGGAAUUGAUGUUCGAAUGUUUGAUAUACAUCAACGCCCAUUACUAUCCCGUGUUCGCGGUCUGCGAAAUAGCGAUGCUCGUCGCUAAAUACCUCAGCGAUAAGAAAGACACGCCGAAUCUGGAUCAGGACGCCGCUGUUUGUUUGACCAGGCACGUUGCCGAGCUCAUGAAGCUCGUCGGGUUCCAAGUGUUCAAGUAUAGGAGCAGAAAAUUGGUAACACUCGCUGUUAUCGUACUGAGUCUAGUGAACGUUUGCACGGUGUAUUAUAACAUGUUCCUGCAGCAUCCGAUAUUGAGGUUGGAAAUAGUGUUGUCCUGCUUAACUAGUCUAUUAUUAGCCACGGAACUUUUAUUCGGGUUUUGGUAUUUAAUGCCUUGUUACAAAAAAAUCGAGUAUUUUUAG